ACAUUUGGUCCUUCGAUUAUGGUCCUGUAAUUAAUUUAAUGCUCUGCUAUCAAUCUUGCGAGUCAAAGGCUAUUCGAUUUCUUUAAAUUAAUAUUUCGAUAACAGCUAACUUGUUUGUUGACUAUCGAUAUCGUUUGUCGGUCUGUUUUCAUAACACAUUUUCUUGUUAAACAAAGUUUUGAAUAAAUCCUGAAAUGUCCCUGUCACCUGCCAGUGGCAUUGGCCGCUUCUAUAAGCACUCGGCCAAGAUAAUACGUUUUGUGCGUCUAGGCUGCACGAAUCGUCCAUUCUAUCACAUUGUUGUUAUGGAGCGCCGCAAGAACCAACAUCAGCCUGUAAUUGAGCAAGUGGGCUCCUACGAUCCGCUGCCGAAUACAUCGAACGAACGUUUGGUGGCCCUCAAUACGGAACGCAUACGCUAUUGGCUGGGCAAAGGCGCUCACAUGUCCGAGCCGGCGGCCGAGCUGUUAGGCAUCGCGGGCUUACUGCCCGUUCAUCCGCGCACCUACAUGACCGCCUGGCGCAAUCGCAGGGCAGCAGCGGCGGCAACAGCAGGAGCGGCCACUGAAACCACUGAGAAAGUCGCGACGGCGUAGUGUGUUGCAUUAUCCAUAUUCAUCUACUCAAUAAAUAGUCAUUGUUUUUUUACAAUUUAUGUGUAACAAGCCGAGAUUUCACUAUAAACACAUCUAAUGCAUGUAUAA